AAUGAAACCGUAGUUAAGUGCUUAAGAGCAGAGGAUGGUUGAUGGGUAUCAAUCGGCCAACGCGGGUUGUGCUGCUGGCAGUUCCUUCAUCGUAUCUGAACGCGAAGCCUGCCGACGACUGCCCUACGUGUGCCACGUGGCUGCUGGGUCCAUAGCCACCUGGCGCUGUCAGUGCUCAUCAUCUGAGCCGUUCAGAAGAGAUCGCAAACGGCAACAAGAUUGUGCCACAUGGCUAUGUCGAUCAACGGAGGAAGAAGCAGGUGGAUUGCCAUGUGGGACAACCAUGGACAAUCUACUGGAGACGGAGUUUGAAGUGGGAAGCGGCGAGGAGGGUAUUGAUGUGGGGACCACUUCGAUGCUGCGAGAAUCUGAAGAUUCCAAGUGUCAGCAUGGUGAGAAGAAGGGGUGCUCCGAAAUCCCAGAAGCUUCCUCUCGUAUUCAGGAGGGCUACGUUCCACUCUUCGUCCGGAUGCUUGGCCUAGACUCGCCAAUUGAAGAGAGAGAGGAGGCUGUGUGUGCUCUCUGGUCACACUCUGCAAAUGGACGGGAAUGUCUGGACGAAAUUGUUGGGAUCCCUGGAAGCGUCAAUCUGCUUGCUAUGCUUCUGCUUUGCGGGCGAACUAGAGCGUCAAGGGCUGCUGCUGGGUUGCUUUCCAAUAUUGCAAGUGUUGAGGAGUAUGCCCAGAUUGCGGACAAGGCAGGGGCCAUCGAAGGUGCUGUUGGCGUUCUACAGCGCCCCAUGAUUUCGUUUGAGGUGAAAGUUCAGGCAGCCGGAAUUCUCGUGAACAUAACGAAGACGGAAUGGGGAAGGAAACGCGUAGCUGAUCUUGAGGUUGUUCCUCUCCUGUUGACGAUGGUGCAAAGAGGUGUGAAAGAGGAGAAGGAGGCGGCAGCCGAGGUGCUAUCCAAUAUUGCUGCGAGCCGGAGCUUCUGUAAGAUCUUUGCUGAAGCAGGUGCUGUGCACAAACUGGCUUCUGUGAUCAUCACUGAUGCCAAGAAGCAGUUGGCGGUGGAAGAUUCGAUGGCGUCGCUGCGUCGCCAUUGUCGCCGCGCUCUCACAUCUCUUGCCCAGGAUGAUGAGAUGAGGCUUGACAUAAUUGCUGAGGGUUUGGUGCCUGUGCCCGUCACCGAAGCUGGUUUAUUUAACCCGGGUGGCGUGAAAGCGAUAGCGACAGCAACAGCAACAAAACCAAGGAGUGAAGUUGAAGGUGCGGCUUGUGACACUGCGCCAAGUGAUCCUCUGUCGGGGAGCAGACCCUCGUCAGAUUUGCCGCCGACUGCAUCAGUAGACGAAGAAAGGAGUACGAAAGAGGCGGCACUGCGCAGAGAUCUGUUCGGCCUUGGAGUUUUCGCUUCUGCAGGUGGCGGCAGCAGCAGCAGCAGCAGCAGCAGCAGUCCUGGUACCCCGGAUCAACACCAGGGAGGCGAAGCGGUUCCAGCAGAGAGCAGGGAUCCUCCGACUGGUUAUGACGAAGAACAGAUUCAAAGAGAAUUUCUUGCGAGGAUCGGUCUCGAAGAGGGCAGGGAGACAGGCAAUGUGCCAAGGAAGAAUGACGUAGAAAAUGGUGGUCAGGGGUGUAGGCGGAGGAUGAUCAUGUCGAAGACGGAUGGCAUCCCUCGUGUAGUGUUGCUGCUUGGACUGUCAGACCCAAGUCAGGCAUCAGUUGCAGCUGAGGCUGUUGCGGAGCUGGCAAUUCUGCAGGAGAAUCGGAAACUGCUAACUGCGGCUGGGGCCAUUCCACGCCUGAUUCAGCUUCUGACAGCUGGCAACGAAUGUGCGAUUGAGGCUGCGGCUUACGCGAUUGAAAAGAUGGCACUUAGCCUGAGUGUGAAGAGGUCAUUUGUACGAAGCGGAGCCAUUGACGUCCUCGUUUCCAUCCUCCGGGCAGACGACGCAACCCGUCUGGUGAAGGCCAAGGUAGCUUCAGCCCUGAUGAUCCUAACUGAGGGAGGCAAUACUGGAGACCAAGGGGGCAGCAACGAUGAGGAUGGCGACGACGACAGUGCAAUUCUAUCCGAGUUUGUACGGGGUGAGGUGAGUGGGAACAGUGGAAUGGAGGGAGAAGGAGACGAUCGGGCAGGCAGCGGCGCACAGUCCUUUGCAGGCGAUCCUCGGGCCAAGAUUGUGGCUUGCGGUGGAGUUGCACCGCUUAUUCAGAUGAUGGUAAGCUGCAGGGGCGAUGAAGGGGGGGACAAAGCUGCAAGGGUUCUUGCAGGCAUAGCGGCGGAAGAAGUAAAUGCGGUGGCACUCGUCUCAUCGGGUCUGGUGCCGGCAAUCGAGAUCUUGCUCGGCAAAUGGAUGGAUGCGAAAGGUAUUGAAGACGCCAAGGCCGAGGACGCAUGGAUGGAUUCAGAUUGGGAUGUGAUGAGCUCGGUUGCCCGCAUCGUUUGCAAUGUGCUUAGUGUUGAAAGGUUGCGAUGGGUCGUCAGUGGAACCUUCCUUGAAGAGGGUCUGAAAGUUCUCCUGAGGUCGAAGGCCCCUCGGAGAGUGAAGGAGCAUGUCGCGUCGGCGUUGUUGAUGAUCGAGGAAUUCAAGAGGGGGCCAGGUUGGCAAAGAAACGGGGCAACCUUGGGGACAGUGGACAUUGAAGUCGCCGUGCACGAUACGAUUCCGCGACUGAUCGAUCAAUUGGGUGGAACGUACCCCAAACAUGUGCGGGAGAGGGCAGUCAUUCAGCUUAGGAACCUUGCUUGCUGCGGGGUUCGCGAGUACUCAGCGGCUAUUGCCCAAUGCGGCGGUAUCUGGCCGAUAGUCCGUUUGCUGCGGAACGCCAGUCCAUGGGCUAGAGAAGCUGCUCUUCUCGUUCUCUGCAACCUUGCGUCAGACUCCGGAAACAUUCCUUCCAUCAUCGCAGCAGGCGCAGCACGGCGACUUGAAUGCAUUGUGAGGGAAGGAGGACCAGAAUGGAAGAUUGCACUUUCGCUUCUUAGAAGCCUUCCUGUAUAGUUGAGCAAAAAAACAAACUAUUCAUGUCCAUCUCUCUCUCUCUCCAUCAUGGCGGUGCUGCGGAGGUAUUUACCUUGUGGGGUGAGUGAAUAUCAGUAUUUACUACUUAGUAUUUACCUCGCGGCAAACAAAACAUAUCACUUUAUGAUGACGAUGACGUGUGGAUAUCCAUGUUUGUUUCCACAUGUCGCGAAGCGCCUUUUGCAAUG